AUGGGGAACUGCUGUAGAUCUCCGGCGGCCGUCGCCAGAGAAGACGUGAAGUCAUCUAAUUUUUCAGGGCAUGAUCACGGCCGUAAGGAGAAGUCCGGAACAGGUAAUUAUAAAAAGGCCAUCACGGUAUUGAGUGAUGCUGAGAAGGAAAAUAUUGAAGAGAAGUAUUUAGUUGACAGGGAGCUUGGCCGUGGGGAAUUUGGGGUUACUUAUUUGUGCAUUGACCGGGAUACGAGGGAGCUCUUGGCCUGCAAGUCGAUUUCGAAGAGGAAGCUGCGGACAACCGUGGAUGUGGAUGAUGUCAGGAGAGAGGUGGCGAUAAUGAAGCAUUUGCCCAAGAACUCGAGCAUUGUGAGCUUGAAGGAGGCGUGCGAGGACGAGAAUGCUGUGCAUUUGGUGAUGGAGUUGUGUGAGGGCGGGGAACUGUUCGAUAGGAUUGUGGCUCGGGGGCAUUACACGGAACGGGCUGCAGCAGCUGUCACCAGGACGAUUGUGGAGGUGGUGCAGCUUUGCCACAAGCAUGGGGUGAUACACAGGGACUUGAAGCCAGAAAAUUUUUUAUUCGCAAAUAAGAAAGAGCACUCGCCCCUCAAAGCAAUUGAUUUUGGCUUGUCAAUCUUCUUCAAGCCAGGUGAGAAGUUCUCUGAAAUUGUUGGAAGCCCUUAUUAUAUGGCUCCAGAGGUGCUCAGGCGGAAUUAUGGACCAGAAAUAGAUAUAUGGAGUGCAGGAGUGAUUCUCUAUAUUUUGCUAUGUGGUGUUCCUCCAUUUUGGGCUGAAUCUGAACAAGGUGUUGCCCAGGCCAUUAUACGCGGGAAAAUAGACUUCGAUCGGGAACCCUGGCCUAGUGUUUCAGAGAGUGCGAAAAAUCUUGUACGACGAAUGUUGGAGCCAGAUCCUAAGCUUCGACUGACUGCAAAACAAGUUCUUGAACAUCCUUGGCUCCAAAAUGCAAAGAAAAAUUCAAAUGUUCCUCUUGGGGAUGUUGUCAAGUCGAGACUCAAGCAGUUCUCUUUGAUGAAUAGGUUCAAGAGGAAGGCUCUGAGGGUCAUUGCCGAUUUCUUGUCUAAUGAAGAAGUUGAAGGCAUCAAAGAGAUGUUUACAAAGAUAGAUACUGAUAAUGAUGGCAUUGUGGCAACUGAAGAUCUAAAGGCUGGAUUGCAGAAGUUCAAUUCACAGAUGGCGGAGUCUGAAAUACAGAUGCUUAUCGAAGCUGUUGACACGUUUGGUAAAGGAACCUUAGACUAUGGAGAAUUUCUUGCCAUUUCUCUCCAUCUGCAGAGAAUGGCCAAUGAUGAACAUCUUCACAAAGCAUUUUCCUAUUUUGACAAGGAUUGUAAUGGUUACAUUGAGCCUAAUGAGCUUCGAGAUGCCUUGAUGGAAGAUGGAGCGGAUGAUUGUACAGAUGUAGCAAAUGACAUUUUCCAGGAGGUUGACACAGACAAGGAUGGACGUAUCAGCUAUGAUGAAUUUGUGGCCAUGAUGAAAACGGGGACGGAUUGGAGAAAGGCAUCUCGACAUUACUCAAGAGGGAGAUUCAAUAGUUUGAGCAUAAAAUUGUUGAAAGAUGGUUCUAUUAACUUGGAUGGGGUUCCAAUUGGUUGGUGGCUUAUAAGGAUUUUGGAUGAGGGAAAGUGCAUCUGA